UGGCAACUCCAAACCGUAGGGGGCAGUAACUAACAAGACUGUUCCUGGUCUACCGGAAACGACAAUAAGACAUCUUCUGAGUUAGCCGUUCGUGUCUGUUGUUUAAUAAAAUUGUGUCGUUCUGCUUCGGUCAUGGAGUCCAACGAUGCAGGGCGGGGAGGAUGGAAGUCCAAGCCUAUGCAGCAACAAAAAGCCAAGUCGAACAUGUUUAUUCAGCGCCAAGAACAGCUUAUUGCUCAAAAGAAAGAAGAGAUUGAAGCCAGAUUGGCAGCGCAGGCAAAGAUGAAAAUACAAACCACCAACAACACCCCACCUCCAAGUAUACAAGGACCCUCCUCCAACAAGUUUGUAAAUGAUGGAAGCUUCUUACAACAGUUCAUGAAGAUGCAGAAAGAUAAACCUACUAAUUCACCAGGUUGUACUAGCGAUGCCAAAAGUGGAAAUGCACUUCAGAAAAAGAGUGUUCUUGUUGGCAAGCGCCCUGGCCUUGGAGUCAGCAGCAUGCUUAGUCAGUUCAAGAACUACUCUCAGUCGAAGAAGAAUCCUGUUCUUAGCCAAAGGCCGAGUGUGUUUUCAUCUCCUGAUGGUGACGAUGACGAAGAAGAGACUGACGACUCCACGUUCUUAGAGAUAAAAGUCUCUCCUCCAGAGGAUACAGACACCAGGCUCAUAAUAGACAAGAUGGCCUCGUUUGUGGCUGAGGGUGGACCUGAACUGGAGAAAAAGGCCAAAGAGGACUACAGGGACAAUCCUAUGUUCUCAUUUUUAUAUGAUCAGAACAGUUUGGAGCAUCUGUACUUCAAAAAAAGAGUUGCGGUUUUGAGAAAGAACUCACAAAAAUCAGAGAAACCAUCAAAAAAUGUCUCCCCCUCAGUGGAUGCUGAAACCCAGCAAGUCGCAGAGAAACUGGCCAGGUUUGUGGCGGAGGGCGGCCCCGAGGUGGAAAACAUUGCUGCUGAACGCAACAGAGACAACCCUGCCUUCAGCUUUUUAUAUGACCCACAAAGUCCUGGGUACCGCCUCUACAAAGACAAAGUCAAGGAGUAUCGUGCCGCGGCCUUUCCCAGCACUUUACCUGCAUCGGAACAAGCAGUGACACAUGUUCAGCCAUCAGCUCCACGGCCCUCGUCAGGAUUCCAGGAGUCAGAAGUCCCACCUGUGAAAAGGAAAAGGAAGAGCAGAUGGGGUUCUGAAGAUGACAAAGUGGAGCUGCCUAUUCCACCUAUCGUUGUCCCUCCAGAGAUUAAUGUCCCGGACCCUGAAGCACCCUGUCUCUCUGUCCAGGAGCUCAAAGGUCUUGGUUAUAAAAAAGGGAAACCUCUCGGUUUGGUUGGAGUAACAGAACUGUCUGAGGAGCAGAAGAUCCAACUCAAAGAACAGCAGGAGAUGCAAGAAAUGUACGACAUGAUUAUGAAGCAUAAACGAGCAAUGGCAGAGAUGCAGGUGAUGUGGGAGAAGGCAAUAAGGGACCACCAACAUGAGUACGACAGCGAUGAAGAGGUGGACCAGCAGGCGGGCACCUGGGAGCACCGUCUGAGAAAGAUGGAGAUGGAAAAGACGCGCGACUGGGCAGAAUCUCUGACAGAGAUGGGGAAAGGCAAACACUUUAUCGGGGACUUCCUUCCACCAGAGGAGCUGGAUAAAUUCAUGGAAACCUUUAAGGCUCUGAAGGAGGGACGUGACCCUGACUACUCAGAAUACAAAGAGUUUAAAUUGACAGUGGAGAACCUUGGAUUUCGUAUGCUGAUGAAGAUGGGCUGGAAGGAUGGUGAAGGUCUGGGCAGUGAAGGACAGGGAAUUAAAGCUCCAGUCAACAAGGGAACGACAGCCAUGAAUGGAGCUGGUUUUGGAGUCGACCGUCCAGCUGAGCUCAGCAAGAGUGAUGAUGAAUAUGAUGCAUUUAGGAAGAGGAUGAUGCUUGCAUACCGUUUCAGGCCAAACCCUUUGAAUAAUCCACGGAGACCAUAUUACUGAUGUUGUGGAGUGUCUUAGUUUAUGCCUGAUCUUGACUUUAUUUUUAAUAAUGUAACAUUUUCCACAGCUCUAAAGUUCGAAAUGGAAACACCAACACUGUUCAAAACUGUAAUACCCGUUGUCUGUAUGAAAAGGUAGUGAGUAAAGUCGGUUCAUUCGCUUACUUUAAACCUAUUUUCUUACAAGAGAAUUCAAUUCUUCUUUUCCUACGUUGGUUCAUUUCUGGCUACAUUCAAAUAAAGGCUGUUACCACCUUCAA